CCUUGWAGUGAGAAUAGAUUGGCACGCUUCCUGUGUUUCAAAUCCGUUCCAAGAUGAGAUAUCAUACGAAAGGAAACUCUAAUCAAAGUGGUAGCAAUGCGUAUAGCAUAUCCGGGCGUAUUGGCCGCAAUGAAUCAARCAAAGAAGAUCGUGAGGCAUCCUCUAGGUUCUCGUCAGCACCAAAUGUCCGAAAUGUUAGGGCGGCCGAUAGAUCUACAAAAGAGGAGGGAAGACAAGAUGUCAUCAUCGAGGCGCAGGAGAGAAGCGACGAUAAAGAAUAUAGAAUAUUGUACGACGAGAUCGAAAGGAUAAAUCGCAUCCUUCAAUCAGGAUCAUCUCGGGAAGCAGUUGGAACAAUAUCUUUGACAUCAWCAUUCAACAAGGAUGCUGAGAUAUCACCCAGUAUGCAUGAAAAGAUCAUGCGAUUGAUUAAAGCAAUGAUGCCUAAUUCAACUCCCGAUCAAAAAAAUGCAUUCAUAAGAGACUUGUUUGAUAUGGGGAUCAGGGUGGGGCAAAAUAAACAAGAUCGAUCACAAAUACAGCAACAAUCUUCCAGCUACGAAGUGGGAUAUGAGAGCAUGUUCGAGGAAUCUAAUUCCAUUGUGGAAAGCGUGAGUGGGAAAGAACAAAAAAUCUCAACUCUCGAUGAAUUUGAUGAUGGGUCGAAUUCAAUUAUCGAAAAAUCUGGUGAAAAKUACCUAGAAGACGACCUUUAUGCUUCCACUAAGGGUGCGAAUUCGUCAACGGAAGUCGAAAAUCAAUGGGAUGAAUUGAGAAGUAAAGCACUCAAUGAUAAUAGUGGGAGGAUAAGUAGCGCGGCUGUUUCUCUAUCGUCAGAAAUCGAAGCAGCUCUCAUCGAGGACUGCGUUGCAACAGGAAUAGAUUCAUCCCCCAAAUCUCGCGCCUUGGCGGGCUUUCAAAAGAACCUCAUUGAUGGAGAACAAUGUUCUGUUCAUCAUCGACUGACUCCAGCAUACCAAUGCCCACAGGCCGAAGACAAUUCUAAUUUCUCAAAAAGACGGGGACAGCCCGAUGAUACCAGUGGUCAUCAGCCCAUGCGUCCACGAUGUACCCAUCCUAAUCGCUUCGAAAUCGAGACAGCCUCAGAAACAAAUUCAAUACUGGAGGACWAUGAAAUCRAUGCGGAUGACAUACCAUCAAUUGAUGAAGGAACUUCGACUACAUCAAGGAAGAAAGACGACGGAAUAGGUCUUGAGCAGCCCGGAAAAGGCACUUUCUUCGACGUAAGUGAGCCAGCGAAUAGCUUUCAGAGUGAAGAAACACAACUUACAAAGAAGGUCAGUCAGGAUAURCAGUCUUUCAAUUUCAAGCGCGACAACUCUUSUAAAACGCAGAGGCAAAGACGCGCACCAGCUACUUCAGAAGGAACUGUUGACAGAGAAGAAGAAAAUUAUCCCAAAAUCGAAGUCACCCUAYAUCAAUCAUCAGGAGAUAAGUCACCAAGUGCCAAGACAUCCAAUUUGGGCCUUGUAGAGAGUACUACUAGAAGUCAUCCAGGAGAUWUUUCUAUUGUAGAUGAAAGUAUUGGUGAUAGCGACAUGAUAGUAGGGGAUAAACCUGGAAUCUCAUCUUCUUCAUCAGAGAUCGACGAUAUGUCCGGUUCAGACGGAGAAAAUGCAGAGCUUUGUGAUGCAACAACGACUGACUCAUUUCGUCACCUCACUAGUCUUAUCCACGUGAAGUCAUCGUUGACGAUUGGUACAGAAUUUGCUUCUCCGAAGACUGAUCAAAAAAAGGCAGAAUACUCUUUCUUUCAAAAUGUUGAUCUUUCCGUCGGUGAAACCAAUGGACAAUCCUUCACUGAUAAACGACAAGAGUCUGAAGCUGAGAUCCAACCAAGUUGGAGGUUGGAUCCAUCGAAAAGUCUAUCAGACUUUGAAUUACAAAUAUUAAGCGUCGAAACAGGGGAAACAACCAGUUAUUUUGUGCAUAAACAUAUGAUGGCGGUCGGUCCGAGAAGUAGCGAUUACAUGAAUGAGGCUUUUCGCUGUGAAAAUUCCUCUACUUUUCAAGUAACACUGGAUGAAAAAACAUCCCCUCUCGUGCCCAAAAUAUUGGAUUUCAUAUACCAUCGUGAAAAUGAGAUCAAUAUUACGACAGAGAGUGCAGUUCCUUUGAGACAAUUAGGAAAGAUGUUGAAAAUUACCCACAUYGAAGUGAAGGCUGCAACUUUCAUCCUCAAUGAUAUGGAUAUUAGUAAUCUUGCGCAGUACGUCGCCGAUAGCUGUCACUUUAACGACGAAGAAGUAAUGAAUGCUGUGGUGGAGAGAUGCUGUGCAAAUAUUGAAGCCAUUCCUAUCACGGAUCGCUUGUGGAUUGUAAUGGAGCCGGAACUUUUUCUUCGCAUUAUCUCGUCAAAAAGUUUUGAUCGGGAUACCCUCAGUAAACAUCUCAGUGUAUUACUCACUGAGUACUUGGAACUUCACCAGUACGAGAUAAACAUCGAUCUCUUCGCAACAUUGACAAGCGAAAAAAUAAUYCCUACAAUGGAUCGUAACGCCGCGAUGCCGCUUAUCGAGCUUUGUCAAUUCUACGAUUCUUCUAGAGAGUGCGAAGCGCUGCAGAAAAGAUGUGCRUAUACUGUUGCYUCUUAUUGGGAUACUACGUCACAAACAGAUCGACAAAGGCUAUUUUCUCUUCUACGUAACCUUCCUUCGUCUCUUACAGUAGACUUUUUAGAAAUUGUCGAAUCAGGAAGCUGCACUACAGAAAAAAGGAGGAACGAAUUGGAAACGGAACAUACSACAAUUGUUGCAGGAAUUCCUCCUAAAGCCAUGUCUAUUGAAGAUCUUUGCGAAAAUGCUUUGAGRGAAGGUAACGAGAAAGAGCUGCUAAGUUGGAGAAUGGAUCCCCAAAACAGUUACAGCGAUUGGGACCUGCWCAUCAAAUCUUUGAAUCACGAAGAAACUCAAGUUUAUCACGUUCACAAACAUAUUUUAGCUGUUGGMAAACACAAAGGUUCCUUUUUUGCGCAGAGUUUCAAUUCRGAAGAAGUGUCUUUAGAACAAAAGGGAUGCACAACAAUUUUAUUGGAUUGUGAGGCCGCUUCGGUUGUUCCGUUCGUGCUUGAUUUCGUUUAUUYAGGAGGUGAUGAGUUGGAAAUUUCGAACGAGAAUUCUGUACCAUUGCAUUACGUCGCACGYGUUCUGGGAAUYUCGACUUUGAUUGAAACAACAACAAGUUUCAUUGAGAAUGAUAUUUCACUUGAUAAUAUUGUUGAUUACAUUAUUGAUGCAGGUUACUAUAAAGACGACAAGACGAUGACGUUGGCGACACGGAAGUGUACGCAAGAAAUAWCUUCAAUUUGUGUCGACUCGGACAUAUUACAAAACAUUGAACCUGAGAUCUUUGAAGAGAUCGUUUCUAGUGAAGAUAUCAAGCAAUCAGAGAAGUGCCACGUGAAUGUCCUGAUUACRAAGUACUUUUCUCUUCAUGAUUUUCAAGGAAACUCGGCUGAAAAUCUCUUGAAGUGUAUUGAUGUCGAUCAAGUCGAUCAAUUCUCAGCCUUGACCUUACUCAAUAUAUUGAGUGGUUCUAAGAACUACGAGGGAGUGGAGACUUUUGAGAAAAUGAAAAAGAGUUGUGCUUUUGUGAUCACAGAAAAUUGGGCUGACUUGACGGAGGACAACAUUCGUCGCGAAGAGGUAUUUUCCAUGUUCCCGUCACUGAAUGCUGAUCUGCUAACGACGAUGUU